AUGCGUUUCACUCUAUUCACGGCCACAAUUCUGGCCCUCUCUCUCACCCUUCAAUCCACAUCCGCAACAAUCACCAAUGAAGAAUUCCCAAUCGUUAAAGCGCUGGACGCUACUACCGAUUUACUCAGUUCAUUCAACGGAGAUCAAGGUGCAUCCGCUUCUCACGUUCAUGCUUUGGAAGCACGUUCAAGUCCACAUGUAAGCAUCUUCCGUCGUCAUUCUCGUUUGGCUAAAAGAUGCAGCAGUAAAUUACAUGCAAGCAAAAAGGAUGUAGAACAUACUACAAAGGAAGAACACCACCACAAAAGUUCUGAUAAGAAGAAACACUCUGACAGCAAACACUCUGACAGCAAACACAAAUCUACUUCCAACAAUGAUGCCACAAGCACAAACGUCAAAGCGGCCAAGAAGAAGAGCGAUUCAAAAUCCAAGUCCAAGUCAUCCUCCUCUUCUUCCGGUCAUGUUACCAACACAGACGGAAGCGGUGACUACAGCCGAGUAGAAUCAAAUCGAGGCAACAAUUUCUGGUCACAAAACAAUUGGGACUUUUGGUCAUAUGCCGAUCCAACUCACGGUCAAGUAGCUUAUCAAUCCGAACAAAAUGCAAAGAAUCAAGGUUUAAUCGGAACAAAGGAUGGAGCUGCAUUUUUACGUAUGAGUGAUAAGGAUAUCAGUGGUACAAAUAGACCUUCUGUUCGUUUUCAAUCAAAGAAAGCAUAUGAUUCGGGUUUGAUCAUCUUUGAUGUUGAGAAAAUGCCGGUCGGUUGUGGAACAUGGCCUGCUCUUUGGACAACCGAUGGUGGCUCUUGGCCUCACGGUGGUGAAAUUGACGUUAUGGAAGGCGUUGGUUAUACGUCUGGUGGAAAGAAUGAAAAUCAAAUGACUGUUCAUUUGGGUGAAAAUUCUCCGCUUCAAUUAAACAGACGUGCCCUAGAACCUCGUGCUUCUUUUAUUGGUCGUAUUAUGGAAGGUGCAACGAAUUGCAAUCAAUGGGGAUCGCAUACCGGUUGUGCAUUCUUUGAUUCGAAUAAGAAUGGACCUUCUUGGGGAACUGAUUUUAACAAUGCUGGAGGUGGUAUUUGGGCCAUGCAGUUCGGUAACAAUGGAGGCGUAAAGAUUUGGUUCUGGGGACGCAAGAGUGGAAAGAUUCCCGAAGAACUUUCAAAACCAUCUCAAUCACCCAAAAAGCUUGAUCCUUCUUCUUGGGGUAAACCAAUGGCUAAUUUCCAAUCUGACGUAAUCAAUCAAAAAGUCAAAAAGCAAAAUAUUAUUAUUAAUAUUACUGCAGGAGGAGAUUGGGCAGGAAACGUUCCUUUGGACGGUAAAUGUAAAGGACAAAAUAUUUGGCAAGCUAUCAAAAAAGGAUCGAAUUAUGAUGAUGCAGAAUUCAUCAUUAAUGGCGUUGAUGUUUAUUGCAAAAACGGAAAGUGCUGA